GUCGAGAGGACAUGUCCUCGCCGUCCUCCUACAAUGGCUACGGCACCGAGUCCAGCGAUUACAAGAAGAAGAAGGGUCCUGUGCCCCGCCAGCAGGAGGAGCUGUGCCUCGUGUGCGGGGACAGGGCAUCUGGAUACCACUACAAUGCUCUCACGUGCGAAGGGUGCAAAGGCUUUUUCCGGCGAUCAAUCACCAAAAAUGCAGUGUACCAGUGUAAAUACGGUCACAACUGUGAGAUGGAUAUGUACAUGCGCCGGAAGUGCCAGGAAUGCCGUCUCAAGAAGUGUUUAAACGUGGGCAUGCGACCAGAAUGUGUGGUACCAGAGUCUCAGUGUCAAGUUAAACGAGAGCAGAAGAAGGCGAGGGGGAAAGAGAAAAAGGAAUACCCUCCGGUCGGCUCCCCCAUCGCCGAGGAAAAGUUCCCGGCUGUCAGUCCUGUGCCACAAACCAUAAAGCCAAAUAUGCCUGUGCCACCUAUGACCAGCGACCAAGAGGAGCUCAUAAGUACUCUAGUACAUUACCAAGAAGAAUUUGAACAGCCAUCAGAAGCGGACAUCAAAAGAAUACAGGAAAUUGGAAUAUCUGACGGCGACUCUGAAGAUCCCAAGUUCGAACACAUCACUAAGAUGACCAUCUUGACAGUAGAACUGAUCAUAGAGUUCUCCAAGCGCCUGACUGGGUUUGGUGACCUUCUCAGGGAGGACCAGAUUACACUCCUCAAGGCAUGUUCAUCAGAAGUUAUGAUGCUUCGAGCUGCACGUCGUUAUGACGCAAAGACCAAUUCUAUCGUGUUUGGAAACAGCUACCCAUACACAGAAUCUGAGUAUGAAACGGCAGGCUUGGGAUUCUCAGCUCCUAUGCUCUUUCGCUUCUGUCGUAAUAUGUGUCGAAUGAAAGUGGAUAAUGCUGAGUAUGCCCUGCUAGCAGCUAUGUCCAUCUUCUCAGCAGACCGACCAUUCCUCCGUGAGGCUUACAAGGUGCAAAAGCUUCAAGAAAUAUACCUGAAUGCACUGAUUGCGUAUGUGGCAAACAAACGUGCUGUGAACUCAUACUCAAUAAUGAUAGGAAAGUUGUUAAAUGUUCUUACAGAACUACGAACCCUAGGAAAUCUGAACUCAGAGAUGUGCUACCGUAUUCAAUUAACAGACAAGAGGCUUCCAGACCUCUUGAAUGAGAUAUGGGACGUCACACCUAAAUAAACAAUGGGGUAUCCAAUGUAACAGCCCUAUUCAAGCUGUGCCACCACCACUUCCCAGGUGCCAUGUUCUGGAGGUGGCCUCUGCAGCUGCGAGAGGAAGGUUGUGAGCCACCUAGGGGUGGUGGGUGGUCCCUACACUAUGUACCUGCAGGCUGUGAGUGAGAGACUGAUAAUGCUGUGGUAAAGGCUUCACACUGAUGCCCACGGCCCACUUUCAGCCACCUGACCUGUUUUUUGAGUUAGGCCGCCGUUUUGACAGUGCCGUGCAGUCCGCCACCAGUGCAAUGUUGAUUAUAUGAUAAUGUGCCCAGUGAGUCUAAGGGGUACCAUGACAACAGUAUAGCCUUUCUUAUUGUCACCCAUGUUAAAGAGCCACUAUGUGAUAUAGUGCGAAUUUUUCACUACACUGUAAAAACAUUUUGUGUAUGGUUCAGCAUGAAUAAAUGAUGAACAGGUGGAUUUUAGGUAAUUGUAUUCAUAUGUUUAUAUAUGAAG